UGACUGAGGACGAUGUGAAGAGGCUCAUAGAGUUCAGAGCGUCCAACGAGGUUCUGUUCACCGGGAAGAGGAACUCUGCCAAGAUAGCGUGGAGCACCAUCCUUAAAGGUCUGGGUCUCGAAGGGAAGCUGACUGCAGACCAGAUCGCCAAGAAGUGGGACAACCUGCGCACGAAGUACAAGGACCUGAAGCAGCCCUACCAGGGUCAAGACGGCAUCGGGGGGGUGGUGGAGUCGUGGCCCUGGUUCCACAUCAUGGAUGAAGCCAUGCAGGGUCGCCUCUACAACAGCAACCUGGUCCUGAGCCCCGAGAGCGCCGGCCACGCCGCUCACCGCUGCAGCAGCCAGCAGAACCAGAACCAGAACCAGAACCAGGAGAACACCGACAUCCUGGAGUUCCUCAUCAAGACGGAGAUGGAGGACACGGUGGCGGCGGAAACCGCUGAGGAUGAUGGGACAGUUCCCACAGAGGCUCCUCCUACUGAGGGAGUCCCGAUGGGCUGGAGGAGGAUGACCGAGUGCUCCUAUAAAAUGACGGAACCAGAAACGGAGAGAAUGAUCAAACUUCGAGCCGCCAACGAAGCACUCUUCACCGGCAGGAAACAUUCAGCCAAACCGGCCUGGAGAGCCAUUCUGUACGAGCUGGGUCUUCAGGGGAAGCUGACCACGGAUCAGUUAGCAAAGAAGUGGGACAACCUGAAGAGGAGAUACAAGGAGCUGAAGUUUCCUGCUCGAGGCGUGGAGACAAACCCGAGCUCCUGGCCCUGGUUCUACCGAAUGAACGACGCCAUGGAGGGGCGUUUCGCGGGGGCGGCGCCAAUCCUCACGCCUAUCGUGGAGGACGAAGACGAGGACUGCGAGCCGCUGUCGCCCACGCCCAAGAAACGAGCCCGCCGGAGCCGAGGGGGGAUGGCCGAGUUCCUGACGGAGUCGGAGAUGGACCUGCUGGUUGAUAACGAGGAGAAGAACGGAUCCUCGGCGCUGGGAGAGCUGCACCGGAUGGCCGAGUUCACCUACAAAUUGACAGAGGAAGACACCAGGCGACUAAUUGAGUUACGAGCCGCUAACGAGUCUCUGUUUACGGGGAGGAGGAACACGGCCAAACCGGCCUGGAGGGGGAUCGUGAAGGAGAUGGGUCUGACGGGGAAGAUAACACCUGACCAGGUCGCCAAGAAGUGGGACAACCUGAAGACCAAGUUCAAGGACCUGAAGUUCCCUCCUCGGGGGAUGGAGGGCCAGACGAACCCGGCCUCCUGGCCCUGGUUCCAGCUGAUGAGCGACGCUCUGGAGGGACGGCUGGCGGGGAAAGCUCCCCGAGUGACGCCCGUGUGGAGCAGCGAGGAGGACGGCGUCUUCGGCUCAUCCCCGCCUCCCGACAGAGACUGCCUGAUGGCGGAGAGGAGCAGCGUGUCGGAGCUGGAGAGCAUGGUGGGCGGAGACAACGCCGAGGCCGACGGGAAUGUCACCUACAUCGACGCCAGCGGGGAGGAGUGUUCCACGCCCUCGGACCUCUCGUAUAAAAUGACGGACCAGGACACCAGGAGGAUGAUUAAACUUCGAGCUGCCAACGAGGCGUUGUUCACCGGGAGGAGGAACGCCGCCAAAGCCGCCUGGAAAGCCAUCCUGAAGGAGCUCGGGCUGCAGGGGAAAGUCUCCACCUACCAGAUGGCAAAGAAAUGGGACAAUCUGAAGAGGAGAUACAAGGAUCUGAAGUAC